AGUUGCGUCAUAUUGCACGGAGAAGUAGAAGUUGUUUGUUUAUUGAUGCAUUAUGGCAGAUGUGCCAGAAAGGUCUUUAAAUUUCCUGCGCUGUGAGUGACGCAUGUUUGUUGUGACAGGCGUCGCAGGUUCUUAGCUUCUGUGCGGCGUCACGUUCGGCAAAUUGGUGUUUGUCUCAAGGAAUCGAGUGAAAAUAAUUCUGGAUGUUUUGCCUCAGUGUCUUCAUUAUUUUCCAUUAUCUGCUGUCCAUCAUAUCCAUGGUGAAAUAUUAUUCACCAGUCUUUCUCGAGGGGAUGAAAUCCGGCAGAGUUAGCUAAGACUGAUCGGAAGAGAAGUCCAUUGGAAUGGAAUUUUCUUGAGGACAAAUGUGGUGCAGUACUUCGCACCUCCAUUUUCAGUUAACUUGAAUGGACAGCCUGAUGCCAUUAUGCUGCUUGAGAUACUUCUCAUAUUUGGUUUAAGUAUUUGGAAUGGCUCACAUGCACAUUUAGAGCAUCCAGAAUUGUGUGUGGUGAGUUCUUUGGAAACACCGUAUUUCACUCCCUGGCUUGAAACUCCUCGCAAGGCACGUGGCUGUUGGGCGACUCCACAUGCUUCCAGUGUAGCUGAGGUUCACGUACUAGUUUUACGAGGUCCACGUGUUUCCCCUUGGGUGAGUCUUGAUGUCCUAGGAUCUGGUUUGAGGAACAGUCUUGUUCUGGUUCUCACAUCAGCCCAUGCUGUUAACUGGAAGAUAACUACAAGGCUCCCUAAUGGAGUUACAGUGCCACAUGUUAUGGUAUCUAAUGGAUCUACACUGGAGUCACACACUGAGCUCAACACUUCACAACACUGGUGGCGAAACAGAAGAGCUCUGCAGAGAUAUUUACACCAUCAGUUUAAGGAUCUAGCUUCCUAUACAGAAGUACAAGGUGCAAACAGAAUUGAGCUUACUGUGGGUUUGUCAUGGCCAGAGGAAUAUUGUGACAUGCAAUCAUUGUCUGAAAGCCGUGUUGUUUCUGCUUCACGGGCUGUACAAAUUAGAACGGAGGGCUGCUUUCACAAAAACUACAUUGGAGACAAUCCCAUGGAUGUAUAUGUGGUGGAAAUGGAUGCCGGUCCAAGAAACAAUGGAAGAGAUGAACGUGCAGAUCGAGCUUCACUGCCAGUAGUCCUAGUACAUCUUCAUGAAGGUGGAGAUAGUGGAGAUACACUGCUAACUGAAUUACACAAUCUGACUUUGGUACUGAAGAGCAGCCAGCCUGUUCGAUGGAGAUUUGGUCACACACCUCGUAACACUGGAAAAAUUGUUAUUGUGAGUAAUGAAGGUGAUCAAGUUGAGAAUGAAGAUCAUCCUGGCCUGAGUGUCCGGUGGGAAAGGCUACCUGACAGACUGGAUACUCUUCUUUUAGCUAUCACUAAAGAAUUUGGUGUCCCACCAGUGUUGUAUGCAAGAACUGGAAGGGCAUCUACAUUAAAUCUAAUUGUUGGUACUUGUACCAGUAAUGGUUGUGCUGGUGACUCAAUGAAAGUAAUACCUGUGGCUGAAACCAGUGAUGUGUUUCACCUGGAUGGGUGGAAAGUUACUGAGGAUACUCUUGGUGUAAUGCAACAACAACCUGUGUCUAGUGAUAGGAGUACUGCUCAUAAUUUAAAGACAGACGAAAUCAGAGAAGAAAUUUUGGCACGGUUGAAGAAAGCAAUGAUCGUGAACUGCAGUGAAAAACGUUUCACCAUUACCUUUCCGUUGUCAGUAGUGAAACAGCUUGGUUCCCCGCAACUGAGCUUCAGUGAUCGCAGCUGUAUUGGAGUCCCCAACAGUACGCAUGUGACACUUACCAGUCCUUUAACAUCGUGUGGGAGCACAAGUGCAAUUGACCGUGGCCUCACCGCUUUUUACAACUAUAUUCAAGUCCAGCCAGCUGGAAUUGAAGAAACAAGUGAAGACAAGGAAUUUUAUGGUGAUUUAGCAGAAAGUGAGGGAAUUCCUAUUGUCUGCAAAAAUCAACCAUACUACAUUGGUGGUAAAGUAGAUGUGUCAGACAGCAGUACAUUUGAUAUGGUGGAACAUAAUGGUGUCAGACACAAAAGUCUUUACAACAUGGACCUGUUCAGAGAUAAGGAGUUAAAUCAGCAACUCCAUUUUGAUCCUCUUAAUGUUCAAAUAGAAGAAGUUAGAUAUGGUGAACAAAUUUUUGUGCGGGCUUGGAUGGAAGGAGGUGGGACCAAAGUUCAGCUGGUUACUGAGAACUGUUGGCUGACAAAUUCUUCUGAUCCGAAAAGCAAAAUACAGAAGUUUCUUCUUCGUAAUGCGUGCCCUGUUGACUCUGCAGUCAGCUUACUGCAGCAGCAUGGAAGCUUCAGUUUUAAAACAAGCCCUGAAUAUGUAGAAGUGGGUGUUGUGUAUAUGCACUGUCGUAUUGGUAUGUGCACCUAUUUGGAGUCCCUUACCAAAGGAAACUUGGCAUUGUGUGUCAACAGAACACAGCAUUGCUCAAAGCCAAGGUCCCAGCCACUUGUGAACCAGACGACAGUGUCGACAGCUCAGCAGAUAGUUACCCGUGGGCCACUGAAGUUUGUACCCAAUUUUCUGACACAUGUAAAGAGUAUUGCAGCCAGGGCAACAUCAGAUAUUGGAGUUGUUUUGUCUCCAUUUCUGGUGGCAGCAAUUGUUGGUGAAUGGCAGCACAUGAAAAGUUAA